AUGCAACGAGCACCAAACGCUUUCCAUCUGCAACAAAAGGAAAUUCUACGUCGACUGACUCAUCUUCACCAGUACGAUGUGCUGAGGUGCGAUAGAUCCACAUCGUGUCACGGCCUUGAGAUUCGCGUGCCGUUCUUGGACAAGAGGUUCAUCGAUCUCGUGGCGCGGCUUCCUCCGACAUAUAAGCUGAUUCCAAUGAAGCUGGAGAAGUUCAUUCUUCGCAGUGCUUUCGAAGGAUGGCUACCAGAUGAGGUGCUGUGGAGAAGCAAGGAAGGUUUCGCAGAAGCCCUCGGUUGGUUUUAUUUCACAACCGGCAAAACCGAUCUUGGCGACAUUGUACAUCAACAUGCUAGUACGUUGUUCUCCGAGAAGUUGUUCUCAGAACGAGCCGACCGUUUCCCGGACAGGACACCUGAGACUCCAGAGGAAUACUGGUAUCGGCAGAUCUUCGAGAACACAUUCCACUACGGAAAAGUUGGGCCAUUAGUCCACACUAAAGUGUACAGAACGGCAGCCUGGCACCUGGUCGAGGAGAAGGAGAAUCUCAAAGAGUCACUCGAAGUGAAACAAGAAGUACAGUCAAUGAUGCGCUUACGACGUCGAUCAACCGGAAGUACAACCCUUUCCGGAGUUGCAUGA